UGUCAAAAAACGUCAACAAUCCUUUUAAUCGAAACUGUUUUUGUGCGGUCAUCGGUGCACAAUUUAAUUUAAAACUGAUUUAUUAUCAAUUUAACGCUUUAAUCAUUGUAAAUCAAACAAUCCAUUCCAUUAAAUAAUGCUCUCCACCUGAACGAGGUUUCGCUGCACAAUGGGAUUCCUGGAAGACACGUUGAUAAUUCUGAUAUCGCAGGUGUGUUUCUUCAUCGGAGGAUGGAUAUUCUUCGUGAAGCAACUGUUCCGGAACUACGAGAUCCGGCAUGUGUUCGUGCAGCUGGUAUUCUCCAUCACGUUCGCCCUGUCGCUGACCAUGUUUGAGCUGAUCAUAUUUGAGAUUAUCGGGUUUUUGGACUCCAGUUCCCGGUACUUCCACUGGAGGCUGGGCCUUACGUUGCUGCUUUUUAUGGUCAUUGCGUUGAUCCCCUACGUGAUAGUGUACUCUUCAAUCAGCAACAUUCGGAUAGUACCUCAAAGAUGGGUGCAACCGUUGAGCACGGUUCUCUGGUUCUGCUAUCUGUAUGUGUUCUGGCGAAUCGGAGAUCCAUUCCCGCUGUUGAGCGUGAGCAAAGGAAUCUUCACAAUCGAGCAAGCAGUGUCCCGUAUAGGAGUGGUCGGAGUUACGGUGAUGGCCGUCCUGUCCGGAUUCGGUGCCGUGAAUUAUCCGUACACGAGCAUGUCCUACUUUAUAAGGCCUGUGUCGCAGAGUGAUGUGACGAACAUCGAACGAAGGCUGAUGCAAACGAUGGACAUGAUUUUGGUGAAGAAAAAGCGCAUUGCUCUGGAUAGGAGGAGAACCAAGCCGAAUGCCAAGCCCGGUAUUUGGGGUAUGAUCAGCAGUGUGACGCAGAGGCCUCCGGGUGCUGAAAAUAUCGGACAAUUGAGGUUGGAGAUUUCAGCUCUCGAAGAGCUAUCAAGGCAACUCUUCUUAGAAGCUCAUUCGAUGAAGAAUAUGCAGGAGAGAGAACGGUGGGCUGGUACCUUGCAGGGGAAGUAUUUCAACGUGUUGGGACAUUUCUUCAGCCUAUAUUGCUUGUGGAAGAUCUUUAUCUGCACAAUCAACAUCAUCUUCGAUCGUGUGGGUAAGAAAGAUCCUGUCACAAGGGGCAUUGAAAUCGCUGUUCACUGGUGCGGUUUCGACAUGGAUGUUGCCUUCUGGAGUCAACAUGUGUCAUUCAUGCUUGUUGGCUGCAUUGUCGUAACUUCUAUUCGUGGUUUACUGUUGACUCUGACCAAGUUUUUCUACAAAAUAUCAUCGAGCAAAUCGUCCAACAUCAUCGUUCUGGUGUUGGCGCAAAUCAUGGGCAUGUACUUCUGUUCGUCGGUACUGCUCAUGCGAAUGAACAUGCCGGCGGAGUAUCGGGUCAUCAUUACCGAAGUGCUGGGAGGUCUGCACUUCAACUUUUACCACCGCUGGUUCGAUGUCAUUUUCUUGGUGAGUGCCCUGACGACCAUAGUGAUUCUCUAUCUACUUCACAAACCGCCAAAUGUCGAUACGAGUAUGUAACUUUUAUCAACCGAGUCAAUCUAGACGAAAGAGUAAGUACUGCUGCUGUAAAUUUUCUUUUUAAUGGUAAGUUUAUUUAAGUAGGUCACUGCAAUGAACAAUAAAAUCAAAUUUAAUCAUAUCGGAUGCGAUGCAGUGCAGCUAUUGACAUUUCACAUAGAAUGACAAAAUGAUUUCCACUACCGACAUAAUUUGCUGCAUCUGCAUUUCCACUGGAUCUAACAAGCUUUCCACUGAUUGUAAGUGAUCUCACUCUGCUAUCGAUUCGUACUGCAAAUCGAAUAAAGCGCGGAAAAUGGAGAGUAUCUCGUUGUAAUUAUUGUUUCGAAACCGGAUGUAAAUAUAAUUCUAGGAAAGGCGAUAGCACGUGAACGAAAGAUUUACCGUGUAGACAGAAAAUAUACCUACUAGACAUACGCAAUUAGGUAUCACCAUAUGCAAAAUAAGUGCGAUUAUUA